UUUUAUUCAUUAUCGGCGGCGGAGAUUUUCAACGAAAAUCCUCUCUCUUUCAUUUGCAGCUUCAACUCUCCGAUCCCUCUUUUCAUCUUCGCGUUCAUCAGAUAGACAUUGUUGAUCGAAUCAGCUGACGGAAAUGGGAUUCGAGAAGAUCACUGUCGCCAAUCCCAUCGUUGAGAUGGACGGAGAUGAAAUGACCCGAAUUUUCUGGAAAUCAAUUAAGGAUAAGCUCAUCUUCCCAUUUGUUGAAUUGGACAUUAAGUACUUUGACCUUGGUCUUCCUUACCGUGAUGAAACUGAUGACAAAGUAACCAUUGAAGCUGCAGAAGCUACCCUUAAGUAUAAUGUUGCUAUCAAGUGUGCUACGAUCACACCUGAUGAGGCUCGUGUUGAAGAGUUUAAAUUGAAGCAGAUGUGGAAGAGUCCAAAUGGGACAAUUAGAAAUAUUUUGAAUGGUACGGUAUUCAGAGAGCCAAUUCUCUGCAAAAACCUCCCCAAGCUUAUCCCAGGAUGGACGAAGCCUAUAUGCAUUGGAAGGCAUGCUUUUGGAGAUCAAUACAAGGCAACUGAUGCAGUCAUAAAAGGAGCAGGAAAGCUUAAGUUGGUGUUUGUUCCCGAAGGGGAGACUGAGAAAACUGAGCUGGAAGUUUACAACUUCACUGGUGCUGGAGGAGUAGCUUUGGCAAUGUACAACACUGAUGAGUCUAUUUAUUCAUUUGCUGAGGCUUCCAUGAACAUGGCUUUCCAGAAAAAGUGGCCACUUUAUCUCAGCACAAAGAAUACCAUCCUUAAGAAAUAUGAUGGAAGAUUCAAGGACAUAUUUCAGGAGGUUUAUGAAGCCAAUUGGAAGUCAAAGUAUGAUGCUGCUGGCAUAUGGUAUGAGCACCGCCUUAUUGAUGAUAUGGUGGCUUAUGCACUUAAAAGUGAAGGAGGUUAUGUCUGGGCAUGCAAGAACUAUGAUGGCGACGUGCAGAGUGAUUUCUUAGCACAAGGAUUUGGGUCUCUUGGUCUGAUGACUUCUGUGUUGAUCUGCCCUGACGGUAAGACCAUAGAAGCCGAGGCAGCCCAUGGAACUGUUACCCGCCAUUACAGAGUUCAUCAAAAAGGAGGUGAAACGAGCACAAACAGCAUAGCAUCAAUCUUUGCAUGGUCCAGGGGACUUGCACACAGGGCAAAAUUGGAUGACAAUGCAAGGCUGGCUGAUUUCACUGAUAAGCUGGAAGCAGCUUGUAUUGGAACAGUGGAAUCCGGAAAGAUGACCAAGGAUCUUGCACUCAUCAUUCAUGGCUCAAAGAUGACAAGGGAGCAUUAUCUGAAUACUGAAGAAUUCAUCGAUGCCGUUGCUGAUCAGUUGAAGGCAAAACUUUCUUAUGAAGCUUAAAUGUUGUAGUGAUGAGCUGAGAAGAAAUCAAGCAAUGGUGACGGUUCUUGAGUGAGACUUUCCGAACAAAUAAAGUUUUUUCUUUUUUUUCAGGCUUAUGGGGUGUGUUCAUUACUUCAUUAGGGCUGUUGAGGAAUUGAAAAACUGCAAUGAUUCAUUCACUACCUAAGAAUAUUUAUGACAUUUUCUAUAUUCAUAACUGAUCAUUUUCAUCUUUCUUAAUUAAGCUCUUCUAAGAUUGCAUUUA